AUGAACUCAUCAUGGGAGUCACUGCUGCAGGAUAUGGGUGAUGUCCUCAGUAGGGAUUACGUGGAAGGCUUUCUUAAGCAUGAAAUCGAUGCCCUCCACCAUCGGGAAACUUGCUGGCACCAGGCUGGGACCAAGGGUUUGUACGAGAUGCUUCGAGCCAACAUCUCAGAGUCUCCGGGAUGGAACCCGACGAUUGAAAGUGGUCUUUACAACGUAUCCAGCUUUGGCAAUGAUUACUCCAUCGAGCUUUUAACACGGCACUUCAUCGUUAAUGGAAUACAUAAGUCGACGUACAUGUGGCUCACUUUUGCGCACAUUUUUACGAUGGCCGCUGGUUUUUUCCUAGUGUAUCCAAUUAUCCUGUUGCUCCAGUCUGUUACCGUUCUAUGCGAUCUCAUCAACAAUCCAGUCGCGAAGCAUAAAGUCAAGAGAUGGGAAACAAUACUACAAGGAUUUGGCUUUUGCCCGCUCCUGAUUGCUGGCCUUACCACCGGAAUAUUAGCCAUGGGCACAUCUGAUCAUUUUAGGACUGAACAUGGCAUCAUCGGCAUUGUUACCAGCGUGCUGGCAUCCUUCAUCAUCAUCAUACAUUACAUCCAAGUCUACUUCAACUCACAGAUGAGCCGGACUGCACGCGGAACUUGGUGGCGUCAGAACAUCCAUUACUUCGACAUGGCUAUCUGUCAAAUAAUCCUCAUCAUUUCGGGAUUUGCUUUAUCUGAUGGGUUUGACGAUCUCGCCUUCAUGGGCCUUUGCGCCGUCCAGCUAUCGAUGCAAUGGUCAUUCUCACUGGGCAUGACAGUCGUCUUCAUCUGGAAUAGCGCUGUGGUUAUGAUGACCGCUCAGUGGUUCUUGGUUCGGAGGGCUGAGGGCGAAACAACACGGCUUUGGAGGCUGGUCCGCUUUCGACGCCGCCAGCGCACGUCACAGUCCCCCUUGAUCCCAAUGCAGGGUGAGCCUGACUCAAGCACUUCUUCGUUUGUUUGA